GUGGCGCCUUGCACAAGCACACACUGACCGAAAGCGGGCUGGCUUCUGGCGCUAUGCGGUCUUGACUGGUCUGGUCGUUUCACGAGACUGCAGCUCAGCCAGAGGGAUCAGCAGAUAGCUCGCCGAGGCAGGAACGAACAGGACGCCAGCGCGAGCGUACCCGCCCAAUCUUGGCACUCCGCUCGAGCUGUCACUGCUGCGAGCGAGCGAGCUGUGUUCCGACUUUCCGAGUCUCCUACCACGGCCAGCACUGUAGAGUUGCUUCCCCGCUUCAAGCUGAACCGGUCCAGACGCUUCACGCAAGUCUCACCCGACCGGAGCAGCCGGCGGUAAGGUCACUCAUCCCAGGCUCAUCAGCCGACGGUCAUCAUCCUGUCCAUUGACUGCCUUGACGAGUCACCAGACGAGGUGUGAGAUCCGAGCAAAGCGUGCGGACACAGUCAUGCCGGCCUGGUACAAGACCCUCAUGGGUGCCUCGAGCAGUUCCUCAUCUGGUUCGAGCUCGAGGCGGCACGGCCACAGAUCAUCAGCGUCUACCUCAUCUGUCGAUCCAGAUGCUUCGCUCACAUCUGCUAGCUCGAGCGGGACACCGUCCCGGCAGGGUAGCUCCAGUACCUCUGCCUCUCCCGUACAAGCGAGAGAGCUGGCCAGCCAGGAUCCUAGCCGAUCCUCGACCCUGUCGAACGACCCGACAGACGAAGAAGCGCAGAAGAACAUGAACACAGCACUAGGCUCGCCUCCUUCCGGGAUACCCAGACGGACAUCCGUCACCGCGCCGCCGCCAAAUGCAUCAGCUGCCACCUCGAGCACAGCCAGGUCAGAUCCGCCAACUCAGGCCAUCCCGAUAUCAUCGAGCACGUCCCAAGAUGCGGGCGAGGAUGAUGUCUCGCCGAGACCUAUGCCUGCUUCUAGUCAGCAGUAUGGCACAUCGCCUUCACAUGCGCGUCAUCGAUCACCUUCAGCUGCUGCAGCUCCCGCAGUCAGCGCACCGUCUACCGCCAGUUCGCCCAUCGACGCUACGGCCACCUCGUCGACGUCCAGUGCGAGUGCGCAGGAAGAGCUUGCAAAGCAGAGCGAAGGCUUGACCGCUGUGCCAAUGACGGCCAGCGCGAGCAAUGGCAGUACCCAUGCACGCUCAAGCAGUCCUCCCAGACGAAGCUCAACAACCUCGUCCGCCGCUUCAACAUCUUCUAGGCCCGUCGACCCGCAGAUACCGACCACGCAUACCAUCCUGGCCAAUCCGCCCUCGACGACUGGCUUCGCAGCGGGCGGACUGCUCAGCGCAGCCUCCUCCCUUGCCAUCGGAUCCGCUCUUGGCUCGAGCGUCGACAAUCGAUCGAACCAAGGCUCGGUCGACAACCGGUCCAAUGCGAAAGGUGCAAAAGAGGGUUCCAAUGGAAAUGCGCAGACUUUCGAUAUCGACGAUAUGAUCUCGAGAUUGCUAGAUGCAGGCUAUACCGGCAAAGUGUCCAAAUCUGUCUGUCUCAAGAAUCCAGAAAUCAAUGCCAUCUGUCAAGCUGCACGUGAAGUCUUUCUGUCCCAGCCGACACUCAUCGAGCUCUCCCCACCUGUCAAGAUAGUAGGAGAUGUGCACGGGCAGUACUCCGAUCUGAUUCGUCUCUUCGAAAUGUGUGGGUUUCCGCCAAGCUCAAACUAUCUGUUCCUGGGCGACUAUGUCGAUCGAGGCAAACAAUCACUGGAAACGAUCUUGCUCCUGUUAUGUUACAAGAUCAAGUACCCCGAAAACUUUUUCCUGCUACGCGGCAAUCACGAAUGUGCAAAUGUCACUCGAGUGUAUGGAUUCUACGACGAGUGCAAGCGGCGCUGCAAUAUCAAAGUGUGGAAGACCUUUAUCGACGUCUUCAACUGCCUGCCGAUCGCAGCCGUCGUGGCUUCCAAGAUCUUCUGCGUUCACGGAGGUCUGUCACCCUCCUUGGGUGCAAUGGACGACAUUCGCAAGAUACGCCGUCCUGCCGAUGUGCCAGACUAUGGCCUGCUCAACGAUCUACUAUGGUCAGAUCCGAGCGAUACCGCACUCGAUUGGGAGGACAACGAGAGAGGCGUGAGCUACUGCUUCGGCAAAGCCGUCAUUCAGCAAUUCUUAGCCAACUACGAUUUCGAUCUCAUCUGUAGGGCCCACAUGGUCGUCGAGGACGGAUACGAGUUCUGGAACGAACGGACGCUCGUCACCAUCUUCAGCGCGCCAAAUUACUGCGGCGAGUUUGAUAACUUUGGCGCAGUGAUGAGUGUAUCUGAAGAUCUCUUGUGCGCAUUCGAACUUCUCAAGCCACUUGACGGGCCAGCACUCAAGAAGGAGAUGGCCAAGAAUCGAAGGCGAAACUCGUCAGGCAUUAGCAUCACCUGACAAAGUGUGUCUGUGCUCAUCUCGUGUUUCCCUUGCACUCACACGCCCGCAACUCUUACGAACGCCUCACGAUUGUUGCUCAGGAGGACAUGGCUGGUCCUUCUCGCCGCUCACAUUGUGUGUGACCUUGUAGAUACACAAAUUCAAAAAAGUGAACCACUGUAUAUCUCGCAACGAUAGCGCUCGUGCAUCUACUGAUCUUCGAUCGCUAUGGCUUGACUUGCGUCGACCACGAAAAGCAGCGUCUUUAUAUCAAGGCAAGGAAAGUCAGCGGGCGUGAUGAAUCUCAGCUUGCAAGCGCGUCGAGGCGCUCGUCUAGCU